AUGGAUAUCAUUAACAGUGCUAGAGCAACUGAUGUCACCAAAACGGUGCACACCGAGCCAUAUGAUGCUAUCUCCCCUGAAAACCCCAAGCUCAGCCAAGCUGGCAAGACCAUCUUGAUUACCGGCGGCGGUACGACAAUCGGCAAUGCCGUUGGGCGAUCUUUCGUACGUGCCUCAGCUGAGACAGUCGUCAUCGUCGGGCGACGUCCCGAGGUCCUCCAAGAGGGCGCCCGUCGCCUCGAGCAAGAGGCAAAAACCGCUGGAACGCACACAAAGAUCAUUCACCGCCAGCUUGACAUUGGCGACUUCUCCGCUGUCGAUGCAUUCUGGACGCAGCUGGCUUCCGAGGGGAUUUCUGUCGACGUUUUCGUGUCGAAUGCCGCCGCUUUCCCUGAGUUGAAGCCUUUGUUGGAGAUAGGCACCAAGGUUACGUGGUCGCAACUGAAUACUAACGUCCAUGCACCCAUGUAUCUGUUGGAGAAGUUCCAUGCACAGAAUACUGGAAAGCAAAGAUUCGUCGUCAACGUCUCCAGUACCAUUAUGCACAGUUACAUGCAGCCUGCCACUACGAAGCAUGCAGCAUACGCUUUCCAAAAAUCGUGCGGGACUAUGCUCUUCCAGAUGGUUGCGAAGGAUACACCCGUCGAUGAGAUGCAGAUCGCUUCCAUGCACCCCGGCCUUCUCUGGCAGGAGGAGUGGGUGAAGAUGGGCUUUAAAGAUGAUAUUGGAUUUGAUAACAUCGCUCUUCCGGGUAAUUUCGCAGUUUGGCUCGCAACCCCGAACGCCGCAUUCCUUCAUGGUCGGUUUGCUUGGGCAUCUUGGGAUGUUAAUGAGCUAUCGGAGGGUCCACUUCGCAAGCGCAUCGAUGAGGAUCCUUACUAUCUCAAGAUGACUGUACAUGGUGCCUAG